AUGAAAGGAGUAUCUCAAAUACUGAAAAAUGUAGAAAAAUAUAGACCAAAUGUAUUGAGUGACAUAAUUUCACAUGAACAAGUCAUAUCAACAAUAAGAAAGUUUGUUCAAAAGGGAGAAUUGCCCCAUUUACUUUUACAUGGACCACCAGGAACGGGAAAAACAUCAACUAUUUUAGCUGUGUGUAAAGAAUUAUAUGGAGAUUCAAGAAGUUCUUUUGUUUUAGAGUUAAAUGCUUCUGAUGAUAGAGGUAUAAAUGUUAUUAGAGAUCAAAUAAAGACAUUUGCUGAAUCAAAAAAUCAUUAUAAUACUUGUGAGAAAACAACAUUAAAAUUAAUUAUUUUAGAUGAAGCUGAUCAUAUGACAUUUCCAGCUCAAAAUGCAAUGAGAAGGAUUAUGGAAAAUUAUGCUAAAAAUGUUCGUUUUUGUUUAUUGUGUAAUUAUGUUAAUAAAAUAACUCCUGCUAUUCAAUCAAGAUGUACUGCAUUCAGAUUUUCUCCUCUGAAAAAAGAAUAUAUGAUGAACAAAGCUUUAGAUAUUGCUAAAUCAGAAAACGUUAAUGUUACGAAGGAAGGAUUAGAAAGUCUUAUUCGUGUUGGACAUGGGGAUAUGAGAAGAAUUUUAAAUUGCUUGCAAGUGGUAUCAUUAAGUCAUAAAAAUUUAACGAUUGAUGAAAAUAUUAUUUUAUCAACUUUAGAUAUUCCAUUACCUAAUGAAAUAAAACAAAUUUUAGAGCACUUUACUAAAAGUAGCAUAAAAGAAUCUUAUGAAUUCGUUAGUAAAUUGCAAUACAAUAAAGGCUAUUCAAUAAAAGAUAUUAUGAAAUGUUUAUAUGAUAUGGUAAUAACUUAUGAUUUUCCAGACUCUGCUUUUUGCCUUUUGCUUAAAAAUUUAGGAGAAAUUGAAGAAAGGUGUUCAUCUGGAGCAAGCGAACAAAUAACAUUAUCCGCUUUAAUAAGUUCAUUUGUCGAAUUUAGAGACGAACUUUUCAAAUUAAAAUAUGAUAUAAAAAAUAUAUAA